UGAUCAGCGUCGAGGACGGAAAAUAUAUUAACUAUUUGAAGGAUAAAUAAUGGCUGAGUGUGGAUACAGUAUUAUAUUUGCUUGUUUGGCUGCCAGUUUUUUAAGUUUGGCAGCUAACGAAAGAAAUUACCGUUACCGUCUGCGCUUCCGAUACUAUUCAAGAGAAGAUUGGGGAGCCAAACCAGCCAUUUCCGUUGCCCACCUCAGUUUGCCCGUUCCUUACGUGACCAUCCACCACACAUACAUUCCAGCUGCAUGCUUCACCGCCGAGCAAUGUAAGAGUGCUAUGCGGGGUAUACAGACUUACCAUCAGGACGACCAGGGAUGGGAUGACAUUGGAUACAACUUCGCAAUAGGCAGUGAUGGCGCGGUGUACGAAGGACGAGGCUGGUCGGCUGUCGGCGCACACGCCGUAGGCGUCAACAGCAACAGUAUAGGCAUCGUCUUCAUAGGAGAUUAUGUUUCUGAUCUGCCACCCCCCAAAAGCCUGCAAGCCGCCAAAGACCUGAUUGCUAUUGGAGUGCAGGCAGGUUUCAUUUCUCCAUCCUACCAUCUAAUAGGCCACCGCCAGGUGACCGAUACUGAGUGCCCAGGACAGAGUCUGUACACUGAGAUCAGCAGUUGGGAUCGAUUUUUACCAGAUUAUGACGUCAACGCGUAAACCAAUAAAGAACUUAA